GUUCCCCCACAUUUUGUGCGGCAUCAUCGCCGAGGAGGUUCAUGAAGAGUCGGGUGGUGCUCGUGGCCGACGCGGACAAGGAGUGGCGUGACGCGAAGCUCUGUCGCUUUGUUCGAGACGCCGAGGAGAACCCUAUUUUGACCUUUACCAAGUGGAAUGGCAAGACAGGGCGGUCUAGAUGGCUUGCUAUUCGUGGCCACCAACUGUGCGAAGUCCAGCGGAUCGACGACAUCCGCAGCUUGUUUGCACCGCGAAACGUUGUCGUACAGGACGGCAGUCUACUGGUCGUGACGCCCAUGGAUCCACUCUUCCUCUUGUUGGAGCAACUUGCACAUUGGACACGCAAUACUCAGUUCUGCGCCUUGCACGACAUCAUGGAGUCAUGCGGGAUUCCGUUGCAUGGUAUUUCCCGAUGGAAUGCCUCUGCAAUCUCAAAUCUCUGCGACAUCGAUGGAAGCGACGACAGAUUGGAUAUCCUCUGCGUUCGGCGAAAUGAUACCAAGAUCACAGCGUGGCUGCGGAAAAAGGUUGAUCGCAUUCAGGCCCUUGGGGUGGCGCCGACAAGGUCAAGUUCAAACGAUUGCACCACGGUCGAACGAUUCCAACGUCCACCAGACGAGGACACUACAGCACCAACACAGCCGAAUACAGAGGCAAUGACGCGGUCCUUUUCAUGCUGGCGAGCUGACUUGGCAAAAAAUCUCUUUAGAUCGAUGCCGACGACAAGCACCGAGCGCUGCAGACCGCGAUUUCCAUCCUGUCAGAGUACUUGGACGAGUGCUGGACUCAGUUGGUUGUGGCGUCGUAUGGGUAAAACAACUCACGUCGGUCACUGUGCUUGCUUGAAUGCUUUCCGUGCAUCUGUGACGUCGUGUAAUGGCACUGCUAACUUGGAGUGCAGGUUAUCCCCCACCGAGUGGCUGAAAAAAAUCAAGACCAAGGGUGUCGUUGCGGGACCUAGCGACAUCGCCGCCAAGUACGAUGCUCGACAACAAUCCGCGACGACGCCCGCAAAAAGACCUGCUCCUGCGUCAACCAAAUCAACGUUGACCAAAAAGAAAACGCCCCCAGUCACCGGCAUGAAGUCCAUCGCAUCAUUUUUCGGAAAGUAAUGACGUCAAGAAAGCUCCGCCGGAUCGCCUGAAAACUCUUGCGAACUGUGCAUUGCUCGUUAAGCUCAAGCAAUUCAACAUGGUGGUUCCGUAGGAGUUUCGUGCCAAAUGCCUGCAUGGUUCACAUGCAUGAUCGUUGGGGUAGAUCGAGUCUUGACGGCGGGGACGUAAGACGAAAAAUUACGAACCUGCUAGGAAAGUCCUGUUCGCGACGUCUUCACAGCCUGUGAUUGUAUCAGAUUGGCCAUGUGGUUGGCUUUGUGUUAACGAGCACGCUACGUCACCCAAGGAGGUUUGCACUUGUCCUUUGGCCAUCGCGCAUUCGUUUAUGCCUUUACGCAAUCGUCGACAUGCUGUGGAAUGCAGCGUCGGACGCCAGGGAAGUUCAUUUAGACGGGGAGAUUGCUUCUUCGAAGCGACACGCAUGCGAAUCCGUGGCGAGGCGCACUCGACCUUCCCAUGGUUUCGCACUCGAAUCACAUGCAGCCAGCUUGUACGCUCUCGACAGCUUCGUCGUGUCUUCGCUGGCAUGCUUCCACGCAAUGCUGCAUUCAUUGCGUCGGUCGGGAGGAUCUCGCAACUCGAGGCGCGAACGUUCAAGAUCAUUCUCUGGCAUACACGACGGUGGUAUGUAGGAC